AUAUUGCGAUUUUAUGUUUUUUGUAUCAAAUUCCUUUACCGUUGAUCGUUUAAUUUAUAUUCUCGACUACGUAAAACACGUAUUUUUUCGUUUUAAAGGUGUCUUUCAACCGAUUUCAUGAGAUGGAGAAUACAUUGGAUUCAAUUCGUCCAUCGGGAAAUCCAGAAGAUAUGUCAUAUCUCUUUGGGAGAGAUCCAAGUAUUUUAGCAUACAGUCAGAGGCCAGUUCCAUCAAAGGAUACAAAAAAAAAUUUACUUUCAUUGUAUGAAAUAGAAGAAAGCCAUUUGACUAAUGAAAAUUCAUCUGAACGUUCUGAUUCGCAAACCUUACAAACUAUCAAAGUAUACCUUCGACUUAAACCAGUUCCAAAGAAAUUAAAAUUAACUGAAGAACAGCAAGAAGCAUAUAAAAUCAUAAACUCUACUACAUUAGUCACAAAAUUACCAUUGGUGGAUUAUAAUACAAGUUGUAUUAAGCAAUCCAAAAGUAAUGAGAUUAUAUCCAGAAAAUUUAUCUUUUCACAAACAUUUGGACCAGAAAUCACUCAGUUUGAAUUAUUUGAGCAAACAGUACAACAGCAGAUGAUUGAUUUUUUAGCUGGACAUAAUUGCACUAUAAUGACAUAUGGUACUACAAAUUCAGGAAAAUCAUAUACAUUGCAAGGAACCACUACUUCACCCGGAUUAAUACCACGUGCACUGGAAUUUGUAUUUAAUAAUAUUACAACAAGACCUAGUCCACCUUAUAAACCUUUGCAUUAUUGCGAUGUAGUGAAUCUUGAUGCACUUGAACGUGCACAAGAACUUGAAGGAAAAACUAAAUUGCUAAAUUCGUUUAAUUCUGUGGACAAACAUCAGUACAUGAAUUCCUACAAACAAAUGCAAAAAUUAUUGCAAGAAGAAUCAGUUCGUCCCAGUGAAUGCCAUAAUGCUCAUUAUUCAGUUUGGGUUUCAUUCGCAGAAAUUUAUAAUGAGAUUGUGUAUGAUUUAUUGUCAAGUGAAUGCCAAAAAAAGAGGAUGCCUUUAAAAUUGGGGACAGAUUCUAGUGGCAGAGCAUUUAUCAAAGGACUAAAAACUAUUUAUGUUAAUUCAGCAGCAGAAGCUUAUCAAAUUUUAAUGGCAGGGCAAUAUAAUUUGAAAAUAGCUGCAACUGCAUUAAAUGCAAAAAGUUCAAGAUCUCAUUGCAUAUUCACAAUUAUAUUGUUAAAAUAUUAUGCAGAAAAUUUACCUGACACAGUUGAAGUGAGCACAUUUUCCUUUUGUGAUUUGGCCGGCUCAGAACGUUUGAAGAAGACAUUGAACAUUGGAGACAGAUUGAAAGAAGCACAAAAUAUUAAUACUAGUUUGUUAGUAUUAGGCAGAUGUUUAAAAUCUAUUCAUGAAGGACAAUUAACAAGAACAAAAACGGAUGCUAUCGGACCUUUCAGAGAAUCUAAGUUAACUAGAUUAUUCCAACGAGCAUUAUCAGGGAAGGAGCAUUUAGCUUUGAUAGUUAAUGUUAAUCCUCUACCAAACCUCUAUGUAGAAACUCAAAAUGUUUUAAAUUUCGCUGCUAUUGCGAAAAAAAUUAUUAUAGAGAAAAAGAAGCAAAUGCAGAAGAAAUUAAAAUCGAGAUUUUCACAAAUAAUUGCACAGAAUGUACAAAAAGUAAUUGAUUGGGAUUCUGCAGAAUUGGAAAGUGUAGACUGGCAGUAUCCAGAUAAUGCGGAAGAGAUAGUUUCAGAAUGUGCUACUUCAGACGAAUAUCUGGAGCUUAUAAAUGAAAAUGAAAAAUUAAAACAAGAAAUUGUUACUUUAAAAAGGUCAGCUUUAAUCCAAGAUUUUCAAAGUCGACAAGAAAUGGCUGACAAAUAUAUUGCAAUGAUAAACGCACUUGAAAUCGAUUGGAAACAACGUAUAAAUGAUGUAGAAACCCAACACGAAGAUGCUCUUGAAUGGGCUGUAAAACAAGUAGAAGAAUUUUACAAGAGAAAAUUAAAUCAAUUGCAUAGAAAUAAAAGAAGUCGCAGUGAUUAUAAUGAAGAAGAUAAUGAUGAAGAUAACGAUCUUGAUUUAACUCUUGAUGAAUUAGGUAAAGAGAAUUCACAACUGAGAAAAAAAAAUGAAAGUUUGAAGAAGAUGUUAACUGAAUUAAAAGUAACAAAUGAAACUUUAACCGUGGAAAAGAAUAAAGCUUGUUUUGAAUUGGGAUUAUCAAAGGAAGAUUUAAAAGUAGCGAAAAAUCUUUUAGAAGCUGCUCAGAAAGAUAUCUGUUUUAAUUUGGAAGGUAAAACUUAUAUAGAGAAAAUGGCAGCACAAUUGCUCGCUAAAGAUGAUCAGAUAAAGAAACUCAAAGAAUUUCUCAAUGAAGCAAAAGAAGAAUAUAUUACUAUUACGCAUGACAUAAAGAAAAAAGAACUUUGUAUUGAUGAGCAAGCAAAGAUUAUAGUUGAAAAUGAAGACAAAAUUGAAGAUUUAGAGUCACAGCUUGAUCAAGUCAAUAUUUGUUUAACAGAAAGAAUCAGAAUAAUUGAACUUCUAGAAGAAAGAUCAGAAAAUCAAAAUGAGAAAUUAUCCAAUGCUGAGGAUAAAAUAUUACAACUGCAAAAAGAAAUUGAUCAGUUGAAGAAGGAAAAAUCGCUUAAAUUUCAUUUAGAACAAUCAAAAUCAUCAGAAAUAUCUAUUCAAGAUGAAUAUCAAGAAAUUAUUGUAAAAGAAGAAUUGAUUAUUGACAAUGCAACAGAUUUAAAUAAUACCAUAGAAAAUAUCCAGGACGAGAUAAAUACAAAAGCAUCUGUUAAUAAAACUGAAAGAAAUGAUUCAAUUGACUCAAAUUCUAUAGAAGAAAUAUCUUUAAAAACAAAUUUUAAAGUGCUACAGAUUUUGCCGUCCAGUAUUGAAUGUAGUAAAUCUAUACAAACAUUUGUGGAAACAAGUUGUCAAACGGAUAUAACAAAUGAUAAGAACAGUGAAGAUAAGAUAUUUAGAGUGGAAAAAGAUACUCAAACUACUGUAACAAUAAUGGUAGAUAUUCAAACUGAUUGUGACAGACCUUUAUUGAAAGAAGAAGCUAUUCAAACUGUCGAAGUUGUGGAUGAUAAUGCAAAGUUAUUGAAAGAGUUGAGUAUACAAUAUAAUGAUAUUCAAACACAAUAUGAAGAAGAAUGUUUGAAAGUCAAAAAGUUGACUGAUAAUUUGUAUGAUAUAAAGAAGAUAGUGCAAUCUUUAAAAGAAGAAGAUUGUUCAAAUAAAACUAUUAUAAGUGAAUAUACACAUUCCAAGGAAAUGCUUCAAAAACAAUUAUCACUUAUUACAGAAGAAAAACAAAAAGUGGAAGAAACUUUACUGAGCUCUAAUAAGACUUCAGAACAAAAAAUUGCAGAUUACAAGCAUGAAAUUGAUAAAUUGAAAAAGAAUCUUUCAGCUGCGCAGAAUAAUGCUCAAGAAUAUUUGGAAAAACUAGAAACAAUUCGAAAAGAAUUUGAUAACUAUAUAUUAAAAUAUAAACAGGAAAAAGAGAUAAACAUUUGUAAACAAGAAUUUGUUUCAAUAAAGGAAGACAAUGAUAUAAAUAAAAUAAACCUAAAACAAUUUGAUAAACAUGCAGAGGAUGUGUUGCAAUCGGAAAAAGAUCUAGAAACUAUCGUCAAGUUAAAAGAAGAUAUUGUUCAGUUAAACAAGAACUUGGAAAUAUGUCAAAUGGAGAAAGACUGUACACAAAAGGCAUUGGACGAAAAUAAUAAGAGACUACUGGAAUUGGAAAAUCGAUUGGAUAACACAACUCUCAAGGAACAAGAAAAAGAUACCGAGAUUACGACUUUACAAAAGGAACUGAAGCACAUGAUACAAAGAAAUGAAAAUACCGAGAUAAUGGAAGCGGAAUUGAAAAGCACUAUAAACGAAUUAACUCAAACGAAAGAAACACUUUUGCAAAAAGAGCAAUAUGUCAAGGAAUUAAAUAUCCGUUUAGAGAAUUUUGACAGAAAUGCAAAGAUACUUAAUUUACUCGAGGAGAAUGCUAAGGAUCGGCAACUGGAAAAUGAACGCUUACGAAAUAUAAACGACGAAUUAAGAAAUAAUUUAGCACAAAGGGAACGCGAGAUGGAUGCUUUCAUGAAGAACAGAAACGAAACAAUGACAAAGUAUGAAAUCUUGGUGAAGAACCAGCAGGAGGAAUUGGAGAGGCAGAAGAGGGAAGUGACGAGGUACCAGGAAUUAUUCCGCAAUCAAUUAACACCUACACCGAAUAAAGAUGAUUAUAAGAAGUUGCAGAAUCGUAUAGAACUUCUCCAGGAUAAACUAAAAAAAUAUGAAACUCUUUCUAUUAAUACAAAAGCGAAGGAUAAUACCACAUCGGAGGAUGAGGUCUCCGUCACUCCAGGAGUGAAGAUGCAACGUCAACCGAAACGACGAGGGAGAAAAGUCGUUAAACAGGACGAUAUUCCGGUUAUCGAGUUAUCGGGUUCUGAAUCGAAACGUAGCACGAGGCGCACCGCUUUGCCACCUCCAGAAUCAGUCGAAAAGACACGCUCUCGUAAAAAGAAAUUAUUCCAAGAAAAUGAAUCGUUCACAGACAUCGAACCUUCCCCGUUUCCAGUUACUCGAAAUUUGAGAAAUCGAAAAAAAUGAAUAAAAAGUAAAUUGCAUUGUAAAUAUAUCAUAUGUAUAUGCUUAGAAAGGUCCACUAAAGAAUAAUAAGAAUGAGAAAACAGAAAAGAAAUACACAAAACAUAUAAUUGUAGUAUAGA